AUGGAGAGCUUGCUGGAGAACCCGGUGCGCGCCGUGCUCUACCUCAAGGAGCUCACGGCCAUCGUGCAGAACCAGCAGAGCCUCAUCCACACCCAGCGCCAGCGCAUCGACGAGCUGGAGCGGCGGCUGGACGAGCUAAGCGCCGAGAACCGCAGCCUGUGGGAGCACCAGCAGCUGCUGCAAGCCCUGCCUCCGCCCGGGCUCGUCCCCCCGUCGCCAGCCCCGCUGUCGGCCACCGCGGCCACCGCCGCCGCCGCCGCCGGGGCCCAGGAACAGCCCCAAGACCACGGACAGCUCCCGCCCACCGCGCCCGAGAAGCCCCCGCUUCAGCACCACGGACAGCUCCUGGCGCAGCCCCAGCCGGGCCCCAGCCGCAGGGCUCACGCACCCCAGCCGCCCCACCAGCACCCGGCGGGGCCCGGGGCCGUCGCCGACAAGGAGAAGGAGCGUCCCCCGAGUUGUUGCGCCGCUGCUGGAACCCUCCUUCAGCACAAAUCCCCCGCCGCCCUCGGCAAGGGCGUCCUGAGCAGGAGACCCGAGAAUGAGACCGUGCUGCACCAGUUCUGCUGCCCAGCCGCCGACGCCGAGCAGAAGCCCGCCUGCUCCGACCUGGCCUCCCAAAGUGACGGCUCCUGCGCCCAGGCCGGUGCGGGCACGGAGGACUCCGUGGCGGCGGCGGCGGCGGCGGCCGGCAGACCCAGUGCCCACGCCCCGAAGGCUCAAGCCCAGGAGCUGCAGGAGGAGGAGGAGCGGCCGGGGGCGGGGGGCGCCUCCCCGCGGGCCGGCCUCCACUGCGCGGCCUCCCCCAGCAGGCAGCAGCCUGCCCUGGCAACGGCGCUCUGCUCCCGCGCCCCUGCCGCCUCCGAUUACGAACUCUCCCUUGACCUAAAGAAUAAACAGAUUGAAAUGCUAGAACACAAGUACGGGGGCCACCUGGUGUCCCGGCGCGCCGCUUGCACCAUCCAAACCGCCUUCCGCCAGUACCAGCUCAGCAAGAACUUCGAGAAGAUCCGCAACUCGCUCCUGGAGAGCCGCCUGCCGCGGCGCAUCUCCCUGCGCAAGGCGCGCGCGCCCACGGCCGAGAGCCUGGCGGCCGAGAGGGCGCUCCUGGAGGGCUGCGGCCUCUCGGUGCUGCCGCUGGCGCGCUCGCCCUCCCUGCCGCCCGCCAUCGCGGGCACGCUCACCGAACUGGAGGACUCCUUCACCGAGCAGGUGCAGUCCCUGGCCAAGUCCAUCGACGACGCCCUCAGCACCUGGAGCCUCAAGACCGUGUGCUCCCUGCAGGAGAGCGGCGCUUACCAGGUCCACAGGGCCCUGCGCGCGGGCACGGGGCCGCCGGGCCUGGAGACCGAGGCGCGGGAGCCCGAGGGCGCCCACCCGGCGGACUGGGCCGAGCCCGCCGAGCCCGCCGGCCCGCCCCAGGGCCACGGCAGCACCCUCAUGAUGGCCUUCCGGGACGUCACCGUGCAGAUCGCCAGCCGGAACAUCUCCGUGUCCUCCUCCACGGCUCUGUCCGUGGCCAACUGCCUGGGCGCGCCGACGGCCUCAGUCCCCGCAGAGUCCGCGGCGGGCGAGGCCGAGCAGGACGAGGCCGGCGGGCAGGAGGCCCCGGAGGCCCGCAGCGCCGGCCAGGGGGACGUGCCCGCCGAGGACGCGAGCGCAGAGGCGGGAGCCGAAGACGGGGCCCUGCGCGCCAGCCCCCCUGGGGCCGCGGUACCGGCGGCGGAGGAGGAGGAAGACGAAGAGGAGGAGGCCGAGGAGGCGGUGAAGGGGACGGAGGCCGAGGCCGGCGACAGCUCGGAGCAGCUGAGUAGCAGCAGCACGUCCACCAAGUCGGCCGCGUCGGCCUCGGCCUCCAAGGAGGCCCUGCAGGCCAUGAUCCUGAGCCUGCCGCGCUCCCACUGCGAGAACCCGGCCAGCUGCAGGUCUCCCACGCUCUCCACCGACACCCUGCGCAAGCGGCUCUACCGCAUCGGCCUCAACCUCUUCAACAUAAACCCGGACAAGGGCAUCCAGUUCCUGAUCUCUCGAGGCUUCAUCCCCGACACCCCCAUUGGAGUGGCCCAUUUCCUGCUCCAGCGUAAGGGCCUGAGCCGCCAGAUGAUCGGAGAGUUCCUGGGCAACAGCAAGAAGCAGUUCAACCGCGACGUGCUCGACUGCGUGGUGGACGAGAUGGACUUCUCCGCCAUGGAGCUGGACGAGGCCCUGCGCAAGUUCCAGGCGCACAUCCGCGUGCAGGGCGAGGCCCAGAAGGUGGAGCGGCUCAUAGAGACCUUCAGCCAGCGCUACUGCAUGUGCAACCCUGAGGUGGUGCGGCAGUUCCACAACCCGGACACCGUCUUCAUCCUGGCCUUCGCCGUCAUCCUCCUCAACACCGACAUGUACAGCCCCAACAUUAAGCCGGACCGGAAGAUGAUGCUGGAGGACUUCAUCCGAAACCUGCGAGGUGUGGAUGACGGGGCCGACAUCCCCAGGGAGCUGGUGGUCGGCAUCUACGAAAGGAUUCAGCAGAAGGAGCUCAAGUCGAACGAGGACCACGUCACGUACGUCACCAAGGUGGAGAAGUCCAUCGUGGGCACGAAGACAGUGCUGUCAGAGCCCCAUCGCCGCCUGGUCUGCUGCAGCCGGCUCUUCGAGGUGACGGAUGUGAACAAGCUGCAGAAGCAGGCCGCACACCAGAGGGAGGUGUUCCUCUUCAACGACCUGCUGGUGAUUCUCAAACUCUGCCCCAAGAAGAAGAGCUCCUCCACGUACACCUUCUGCAAGUCCGUGGGCCUCCUGGGCAUGCAGUUCCACCUCUUUGAGAACGAGUAUUACUCUCAUGGCAUCACACUGGUGACCCCGCUCUCGGGCUCCGAGAAGAAGCAGGUGCUGCACUUCUGCGCCCUGGGCUUGGACGAGAUGCGGAAGUUUGUGGAGGACCUGAAGGAGUCCAUCGCGGAGGUGACGGAGCUGGAGCAGAUCCGGAUAGAGUGGGAGCUGGAGAAGCAGCAAGGAGCGAAGACUCUCUCCUUCAAGGCCGGGGGAGCCCAGGUGGACCCACAGUCGAAGCAGGGAUCGCCCACAGCCAAAAGGGAAGCGGCACCGGCGGAGAAGGCGGCGGAGAGCACGGCGGAGGUGUCAAUUCACAACAGGCUUCAAACGUCCCAGCACAACUCCGGGCUGGGGGCCGAGAGGGGAGCACCAGCGCCAGACCUGCAGCCUAGCCCCUUGAGGGCGCAGCCCCCUCUGCUGCCACCACCGCCGCCCACGGCCCCCGGGACCCUGGUGCAGUGCCAGCAGAUUGUCAAGGUCAUCGUCCUGGACCAGCCCUGCUUGGCCCGCAUGGAGCCCCUGCUGAGCCAGGCCCUCUCCUGCUACGCCUCGUCCUCCUCCGACUCCUGCAGCUCCGUGCCCCUGGGCGGCCCGGGCUCCCCCGUCAAGGCGGCCCACCAGCCGCCCCUGCCCCCCGCCCCACCCCCCUACAACCACCCCCACCAGUUCUGCCCUCCUGGCUCCCUGCUGCACCGGCGCUGCUCCAGCGGCGCCAGGAGCCUGGUGUAG